UAGUGUAUUACAUUUUCAUUUUUUAUUUUUUCAUAAAUCGCUUCCACUGGUGCAUAAACCCUAAACCCUUGAGACCUGCCCAUUUUCGUCAAAAUCAUACCUCUACUCUUCCUCUGGCGUCUACCAUGCACUCGCCAAUUUUCCUCCAACGCUCCAGAACCAUCUCAGACCACCUCCGAACCCGAUUAUUUGCCCGGCUCAUGGGUGGAGGUCCGCGGACCUUCCCUGGUGGCCUAAACAAAUGGCAGUGGAAACGCCUCCACGAGAAAAGAGCUAGAGAGAAAGAAAAAAGACUACUCGAGCAAGAGAAACAACUAUACCAAGCCCGAGUCCGCUCCCAACUCCGAGCCAGACUCGCGGGAAAAUCUGAGCAGGAUUCCGGCCCGGAUACGAACACCACUUCUUACAGCCCCAUGACCCCAAAGGACCACAUCAAAGCCCUCGCGGAUCGUUUCAUGAAAGAAGGAGCUGAAGACUUAUGGAAUGAAAACGACGGCCCGUUGAAACCUCCGUUGAAGAAUUCAAUUGAAAAGCCAAGGCCAAUUGGGCCGAAUCAACAGCCGGGAUCGAUCAAUUCGCCUAUUGAUUUGAGGAAACUGAUAUCAGAGGCACGUAAUGUAUCGCAGGAUUGCGAAAAUUUUAGCAAGUCUUAUAAUUACACAAAAACAAGGGAUUAUUCGGCGCAGAGAAGUUCAUAUAAUAGGGGCUUCUCUUCUCCUAAACUGAGGAGAUUUCGGAGAAAUGGGAGUUCUUCCAGCGAUGACGAGGAUGAAGAUUAUGGAUUUGAUUCGUAUAACGAGGGGGAAAGGCGAGGGAGAAGUGCAGGGGAGAUCGGGGGUAGAGCUGCUUUGAGGAAGUAUGAUGUGAAGACAACGAAAAGAGUGCCAUUGAAGGAGCUUGAGAAGGAGUCGGAUUUUGCCAAGGAGGUGGAGUUGAUUAGACAUGAGCUUGGGAAGAAAAAGUUGGCUGAAAAUGAAGGCGAGAAGAGUGAGACAGGUGAGGAGGAAUCCAUUCUCAGUCAGAAAAGAUUUGACGAAUGUGGUUUAUCACCAUUGACUGUGAAGGCACUUACAGCAGCUGGUUAUGUUCAAAUGACCAGAGUGCAGGAGGCUACUUUGUCUGUUUGCCUUGAUGCAGGCAAGGAUGCUUUGGUUAAAGCCAAGACUGGGACAGGCAAAACUGCAGCUUUUUUGCUUCCUGCAAUUGAAGCAGUUUUGAAAGCAAAAAGUGGCAAUGCCAAUCCACGGGUGUCUUCAGUUUACAUUCUUAUUAUCUGUCCGACAAGAGAAUUGGCAAGUCAAAUAGCUGCAGAAGCAAAUGCUAUGCUGAAAUACCAUGAUGGCAUAGGCGUGCAAACACUAGUUGGAGGUACGCGUUUCAAAGAUGAUCAGAAGCGCUUAGAAUCAGAUCCAUGCCAGAUAAUUGUUGCAACUCCUGGUCGGCUGCUGGAUCACAUUGAGAACAAAGGUGGUUUAUCUGUGCAUUUGAUGGGCUUGAAGAUGCUUAUACUUGAUGAAGCUGAUUAUCUACUAGACCUGGGGUUUCGAAAAGAUGUGGAAAAAAUUGUAGAUUGUUUGCCCCGGCAGAGGCAAUCCUUGCUUUUCUCAGCAACAAUUCCAAAAGAGGUUCGCCGAAUUUCUCAGCUUGUAUUGAAAAGAGAGCAUGCUUUUAUUGAUACGCUGGGCCUGGGUUGUCUAGAAACUCCUGCUAAGGUUAGGCAGUCUUUCCUGGUUGUUCCGCAUGAAUUGCAUUUUCAAGUAGUGCAUUAUUUCUUGAAGGAGCAUAUCCGACGAACACCUGAUUACAAGGUCAUUGUUUUCUGCACAACUGGGAUGGUAACAUCACUCAUGUAUAUGCUUCUCCGGGAAAUGAAAAUGAAUGUUAGGGAGAUGCACUCUAGAAAACCUCAGUUAUACAGAGCUCGAGUCUCUGAUGAAUUCAAGGAAUCCAAACGAUCAAUUCUUGUUACAUCUGAUGUUUCAGCGCGCGGAAUGAACUAUCCUGAUGUUACUUUGGUAAUUCAGGCUGGUAUUCCUGCUGAUCGGGAGCAAUAUAUCCAUCGUCUUGGAAGAACAGGGCGUGAGGGCAAAGAUGGAGAAGGAAUCUUAUUGCUUGCUCCAUGGGAAGAAUAUUUCCUGAAUGAGUUGGAAGAUCUGCCUCUUGAUAAACUUCCUUUACCUAAUGUAGAUCGAGAAACUAAACUUAAGGUAGAGGAUUCAAUGUCAAAGAUUGAUAGUAGUGUCAAAGAAGCAGCAUAUCAUGCUUGGCUAGGUUAUUAUAAUUCAAUCAGGGAAAUUGGCAGGGAUAAAACAACUCUUGUUGAGCUAGCCAAUCGAUUUUCUGAGUCAAUAGGUUUACAAAGGCCACCUCAUUUGUUCAGGAAAACAGCACUAAAAAUGGGUUUGAAAGACAUCCCUGGCAUACGAAUUCGAGCAUGACACUUUCUGGGAGCCAGGUAUACAAAUUUCUGAAUCAUGUGGCUGGGAUAAAAAGGGACUGACAAUUAGUGCAAAAACACUAGAUUCAACUUUUAUUCAAGCUGAAAAGUUUGUACAUGUUAGGCUUCUUCCUUUGAUUGUCUUGAUACUGUAAGGUCUUCCAAGCUUUGUCUUGUUACUUUGAAGAGUUUCUGUUGCAUUAGAUUUUGCAUCACUUGGUUUAAUAUGUUCGGAUCUGGGGUCUGAUAAGGAAGUAAGAUCUAAUGGUGGUUCCACAAUCUCCAUGAAUCAGAUUUUAUGCAAUGCUGUAUGUUCAUCUUCAUGAAUCUAUUGUUUAGUUGAUGA